AUGGUGCAACGCGCCUUCAAGAAAUGUGGCAUUAGUAAUGCUAUGGAUGGCAGAGAAGACAGCGCUUUGUAUGAGGACAGCAGUGAUGGUGAUGACUGCGAACUCAGUGAUGAUGACAAUGUCUACGCUGAUAACCUCACACCAGCUACAGUUGAAGCUCUGUUUGGACAUACAGACGAUGAGGAAUCCGGAAACAGCAAUGGUCGGCCAUCCCACCCCACCAGCACCAUCUCUAACAACAUCCAGAGAUUCAUUUUCCACCAUGUGCUUGGUCGGGGAAGUUUUGGAAAGGUGGUGCUGGCAGAGGACAAGUUUAACCACCAGCAAUUUGCUGUAAAAGUCAUCACAAAGAGAGACCUGCUUGCUGAAGGAGAAGAGCACGCAAUGGUGGAGCGGCGAGUGUUACAACUUGCAUCUGGCUGCCCCUUCCUUCUUCAUGGCACAUUUGCAUUCCAGACCAAGGAGCUUGUUCUACUUGGAAUGGAAUAUGUCACCUGUGGAGAUUUCCACCAACUCCUGCGGAGGAAGGGGCGUCUUGACAUCCCCAGUGCAAGAUUCUACGCCGCAGAACUUGUGUGUGGAAUUCAAUAUCUGCAUUCUAAGGGCAUCAUCCACCGAGAUCUCAAGCCUUCCAACAUCCUGGUGACUGAAACGGGCCAUAUUAAGAUUGCCGACUUCGGUCUGGCACUUGAGAACAUCUAUGGAGACCGAACAGCCACAGAAUACACUGGAACACCGGGCUUCAUGGCUCCUGAGAUCCUGGCUGCGGAGGAGUACAAUGCUGGAGUAGACUGGUAUGCAUUUGGCAUCAUCUUGAACAUCAUGAUUACCAACAGCCACAAAUACCAGCGAGGACUAUUCAAUGCCUCCAGCAAAGAGGCAAAGAACAUCAUUAAAAAGCUCCUCCGGGAAGAUCCUACCAGGCGUCUCGGAGUCAAUGGCAACAUCAGAGCCCACAGGUUUUUUCAGUGUAUUGACUGGGACUCGGUGGAAGCCCUUAGGAUGCGUCCACCACACAUUUCUAAACCACCAAACAACAUCCAGCGUGGCUCAAGACCAUUCAAUCUCCAAAUCCUGGAAGCAGCAGAGGCUAGCAACUUGGCCAUGUCAGCAAACCACCAGGCCUUAUUCACAGGGUUUUCAUUUACCAACAUCAGCUGGAAAACCCCAGACCAUCCACCAGCUCUUUAAUACCAUCAGAGCAAGCUGUCUUCCUAAGCCCCAAGUAGAGCUUCAGAAAGGAGAAGAUCAAGAUGGGCAAGCCGGACCUGGACAAGCAGGCAAGAAACAUCAUCAUCACAAGACUAAAGUCAGGAUCAGGACCUCAAAGGAACACCAGAGAUAUUCCUGUUCAAGAGGAUGGCCACAGAGAUGGAUGACACCAAAGAGGUAAGUACCCUUGGGGAAAUAUUAUUUGGCAUUAUGAUGUGCCUGGACAU